UUGUCGUGUCAGCCGGUUCGCGGUGUUUUCGCUGCCCUUUAAUUUCACGUUUUUCCCGUAUCGCCGUUGAAAAUCGAGAGGACAGUCGUGACGGUCGUGUCGAAAAGAAUUACGAGAUUUGUACGUGUCGCGAGUGGUAAUUUCAGUGCAUCUAUUUGUGCCCCGACGACCAACAAGCGAAUUUCAAGAAAACUGCGGCGAGAAAGUGUCGGGACUACGAGAGGAAACGACCACGAUCGCUCUGGCCCUGCUACGCGCGCGAAAGAACGCGAGGAUGUAGCCGCGCGCGUGACCAUCAAGAAUCAAAUGCCAUCACAACUGAUGACAGUGGACAUGCUUGAUCUAUAAUUAACCCACGCUAUACAACCAAAAACCUCACCUUCUAACCUCCGCGAAGAAACAAGAGAAAAAGACAAGAAGAAGAAAAGGAUACAGACAAAUCAACCAAAGAACAAUCUAAUACCAAGAAGAAGAAGAAAAACACAGCGAAAGAUGGGGGGACAAGCAGAGGGAGCAAGGAUCGCUUGGUCAGUGGCUCGACUUCCGUCGUGGCCGUGGAGAACGAGAUUCCUGGGCCAGCUGGCCUGAGAUAUGCCAGCGUCAACAGGCUCUGUGAUCACUGAAACCACCUCAUCCUCGUCGUCCUCGUCGUCGUCCGCAACAGCAGUAGCAACAUCUUCAUCUUCAUCUUCGUCGUCAUCGAUCUUAAGAACGGAAACGGCGUCGUCUGGCGGUGUUGCUAGCCAUCGGCUGGCGAUUGAAAUCGAGACGAUCGAGCGGAGGGUCUGCGCGACCCGACGCGACCUCUUCGUCCCUGUGACCGUCGAUCCUCGUCCAAGCCGAGCUGUCCAUUGUCCAGAUCUGAACGCUUGUCUCGUGAACGAGUCACGAUCCAGCCUGGAUCAAGUCGACUGCCAGGCGAUCCAUUUCGGUUACGCCAUUCCGGUGAACGUGGUACCGCUGGAGAACGAUCCGGGACUGGCUGAACUCGUGUUGGAUCACUCGAGCGAGUUGAGUAGACGCGCGGCGAGUUUUCUGCUCGAGCAUCAUCCGCAGUUGCGACAGCAGACACAGCAGGACAUGGCAGCCACAGCGAAGCACGAUCUGCGCCGAAAGUUCCCGACGGACACGUCCACGUCAGGGGACGAAGACAUAGCUGCAAUCGCGAAACAGAUCAGCGACCACGCGGAGGCGAUCUAUCAGACCUGGAAGAGCCGUGGUCUAGCGCCAACGGAGAUCUUGAAUUGUCACAGCAAUGCGACCGCUGCCGACAAGUUUGGAAGCGCUCUUACACCGACCUCGCCAUCAAACACUUCUAAUAACAACGAGAAGAACAGCCCUACAGGCGACGCGCCCACCACAGCGGUGGAUAUCUUGACUCAAACGCCGAAUUUAGACAAUGGCAACUUGGAGAAAUUGGUGAACAAUUUUGUGGUGGAAGAUAAGGCUAGAUUAGCCGCCAGGCAGAGGUCUCCGUCGAAGACUCUACCUUCGUCGAUACAGUUCGCGCUGCAGAAGUUCGAGAGGAACUCGACGCAACAGCAACAGCAACAACAGCAACAGGCACAGACGUCUCCGUUGAAGAGCAGCAGCGUCGGUAGCCAAGCUAAGACGAAACCAGGGAACGUUCUAUUGUCUCCAACUUCUCCUUUCGCUAAUAAACCUUCUCAGAUAGUGAAGCCUCAGGUGUCGACGAAGACUCCAGGUGCUCAUCACAGAGAGGUGUUCCUGGAGACGAUCGAGACCACGUUUCCAGCAGACAUCACUCCGUCGAAGAUCGUGGUGCAACAGAAGAGGCCAACGAGCACUGUGAUCACCUCUCCGACAGCUUCCAGCCUCGAGGAAUCAUCGAUGAAUUCCGGAUUGACUACGUGGCCGUUGAAGAAUAAAUUGAACGACAGUAAGAGAGUGACGGAGGCUUCUACGAAGGCUGCUCUAAUUCAGGAAGUGAAAUCGCUGGUGAACAAAGAAGAGAAGAGGAACAGCGGUGGUUCAAAUUCGAGCGCCUACUUAGACGAAGUCGCUCGCGAGGAAGAAAGACUGAUAAACGCUUUGAAGACAGGCUCGGUGAUCACAGAGGAGCCAACGGAGAGAACUGUGCCUCUGACUCGUCAGAAACCGGCGAUCAAAAGGGAGAAACCGAAGGUGGAGCCGGUUAAGCCGAUAAUCAUUGGUCAUAAUCAUCAUGGCGGCGGUCUGGUCCCGACUUCCGUCGCUAUGGUGAACAAUGUGACGUCGACGACGCCUGGUAGCAACGUUGGUGCAGCGUCAGACGCGAAAUCCCUGAGUAAGGACGAUCUGUCUAGCAUGUCUGUGGUGGAUUACGCGAAAGUUCGAUACAGAGCUGCUCAGCAGAAUCCCCCUACUCAACAAAGGCUCGAGGAACAGAGAACGAACAAUACUUUUAGUUCUACGGAGCAGUUGGUGUCUACGACUAGGUCCAAGUUCGAGACGGAGAUACGAAAGGACAAAGAGAGUGCUAAAGAGGAGAAAGACCCUGUUACAUCUAGAUGGGGACCUAGGAUCAAUUCACCUAGGCCUAGGAUCGAACAAGUGCCGCAUCCCGAGUUAACCACGCAACAGAAGCAACAUAUUAGAGCUGCAGCUGCGACUGGUACAGGGAAUAAUCCUAUCAGACCGUUUUUAACCAGAGGAUCCGUUGCCGAGAGGGUUCUGAUCUUCGAGAAGUGCCCUAGCGAGUUGCUGCUCGACAAGAGAGGACCGCGACAACCGGCGAUUAACACCUGGAGGACUGGACACGAGGUGCAGAACAAGGCCCAGACAUACGCGAAAGACAAGACGCAGCAGAAGAGCCUGCCGCCGCAUACAACACUUCAGAGGCACGUGAAGGCGAACAGAAACGUUCACAUACCACGAUUCUACUUCCCAGGAGGGAAACCAUUGCCCUUAUCGCAAGUAGAAGCGACCAUCGCGAGGAUCACCGCUGCUUUUCAGAGUUUGCCCGAUCAUCGUGCGUCCAGGUCCCAAUUCCACACGAUCACAAAGGCAUGCGACUUGCCGCUCUAUUGGAAGGUGCCGCUUUUCCUCGCUGCUGGCGGGGACCAGACCGGCUACGUCGAGAUGAACGCGUUCCUUGACUUCUGGAAAGAGAUAUCGAACAGCCACCACGACGCGGCCAGCAAGUUUAUCAGAAUCACAACCCGGGGCCAGAGGAACAAUAUACUGCCGGAGGAUUUGAUCCCGUUGGUGCAAGAUGUGGUCGAGACCCACCCCGGUUUAACUUUCCUCAAAGAGGCUACUGAGUUCCAUUCACGCUACGUACACACGGUGAUCGCGAGGAUAUUCUACUGCGUGAAUAGAAGCUGGAGCGGAAGAAUCUCCGUGGCGGAGCUGAGACGGAGCAAUUUACUGUCGGUGAUCGCGAUUCUCGAAAACGAGGAAGACAUCAAUCAAGUAACAGCUUAUUUCAGCUACGAGCACUUCUACGUAAUUUAUUGUAAAUUCUGGGAGCUGGAUAGAGAUCACGACCUGUUCAUCGACAAGACAGACCUCACUAAGCACAAUGACCAUGCUCUGUCUAAGCGCAUGAUCGCGAGAAUAUUCAGCGGUGCAGUGACCAGAGGCGGAGUUAAGAGCGGAAACGGCGUCCAACAGCCUCAAGAUAAAAUGAGUUACACUGAAUUUGUGUGGUUCUUGUUGAGCGAGGAAGAUAAGAACCAUCCAACUGCUAUAGAGUAUUGGUUCAGGUGCAUGGACCUGGAUGGUGAUGGAUACUUGUCGAUGUACGAGUUGGAGUACUUUUACGAGGAACAGUUACAUCGUAUGGAAGCUAUUGGGCUGGAAACGUUACCGUUCAAGGAUUGCCUUUGUCAGAUGUUGGACAUGAUCAAACCAGCGACACCAGGAAAAAUCUCUCUUAGCGACCUGAAGAAAUGUAAGAUGACUUCUAUCUUCUUCGACACCUUCUUCAACCUCGAGAAGUACCUGGAUCACGAGCAAAGGGAUCCUUUCGCGUCUGCCAGGGAGCAUGACUCCGAUGGCCACGAGCUGUCGGAUUGGGAUCGAUUCGCGGCCGAGGAGUACGAAUUGUUGGUCACCGAGGAAAGUGGUAACGAACAGAACGAACAGAAGUCGAUUGAUUCCAUGUCGGAGGACGUGUUUUCCCAAAACCUGGAGAUUAUGGACGGUGAAUCGGUGGACAUGCUUCACAACACGGACAUCCAAGCCCAAUCGUGGGAUCAGGAUAAUCCAGAUGAUCUACAAUCUAUGGAUCAAGCGGAUUCUCUUCAACAGUCCAGAAAUCAAUACUACGACAGCGGUGACAGCGACGAUUACGCUGAGAGCGACAAUUGACCAGGCAGAGGGAAAACUGUACAUCAGCAAGAAGGAAGAAGCAAGAAAAGAAAGAAAAUUGCCUU